GUGACGCACACGGUGCACAUGAGCACUCUCGGCCCCUCCAAUUACCACUUCAAUGCCACCUUCGUGGGGGACCGGCAGCUGGGGCCCGCCGAGGCGUUCCCCACGCUGGUGGGGGACAUGGACAACAGCGGCAGCCUCAACGCGCAGGUCCUGCACCUCCUGGCCGAGCGCAUCCGCACCAAAGCUGUCUUCCAGACCCACCAGGCAAAAUUCGUCACCUGGCAAUUCGACGGCGAGUACCGGGGGGACGACUGCACGGCCACCCUCACGUUGGGCAACCCCGACCUCCUCGGCGGGUCUGUGAUCCUGGUGGCACAUUUCCUGCAGAGCGUCACCUCCCGCCUGGUGUUGGGCGGGGAGAUGGUUUACCACCGGCGACCGGGGGAGGAAGGAGCCAUCCUGACGCUGGCGGGCAAAUACACGGCUUCCAAGUGGGUGGCGACGCUCAACGUAGGCUAUGGCGGUGCCCAUGCUAGCUACUACCACAAAGCCAACGAGCAGGUGCAGGUCGGGGUGGAGCUGGAGGCCAACACGCGGCUGCAGGACACAACCUUUGCCUUUGGCUACCAGCUCAACCUGCCACAGGCCAACGUCGUCUUCAGAGGGCUCCUGGACAGUAACUGGAGCGUCGGGGCGGUGCUGGAGAAGAAGCUGCCCCCUCUGCCCGUCACGUUGGCUCUGGGCGCUUUCCUCAACCACUGGAAGAACCGCUUCCACUGCGGCUUCAGCGUCAUCGUGGGCUGAGGGCCGGCGCGUGCCACCGUCCUGCUCAGGGAGCCACCGUGCCACAGGGGAACCUGUCACCUGCCCCAGGGCCACCUGUCACCUGCCCCAAAGCCGAACCGGGGCCGGGGUCCGCCAACACCGUGGGACGCUGUGUCGGCGCC